UCUCUCUACCACCAUCAAUUAGACCGUUGCUUCGCUUCCUCCUCCUCCUCCUCCUCGCGAUCAUCAUCACCUCCUCCUCUUCUUCUUCUUCUACAGCAGCAGCAGCAGAAGCAGAAGCAAACCCAAAGAACCCAACCUACAAAACCCUCCCCGUCUUCCUUCAUCGAUCACGAAAACAGCGCAGCCCAAGGGAGAAGAAGGAACAGAGAGCAAAAGGCAAAACAAUGGCGGACACCGCUCAGGCCCUCCAAUCUCUCUUCCACGCCCUCGACCCCGUGUCCCUGCUCCGCUCCCAGAACUCCGGGAAGUUGGAAGGAAGAACGGAGCGGCGACCUUCGAUCUCCCCGCCGGCGAUGGGGGAGAGCGGCGGCGGCGGCGGCGCGGCCCCGCACCGGGCGAGCACCGCUCCGGCAGUCCAGCCUGUCGUCCGCACCCUCGACCCGGUGUCGCUGCUCCUGUCCCAGAACUCCGCCACCGACGACAUCGUCCCGCUGAGGCUCGCCACCGACCACUACUUCGUGGAGAGAGGGCCCCGGUACGACGCCUACGCUCGGCUGAGGGAAUCCAGAUUGAGGAUGAAGCACGCGAGGCAGGAAGAGCCUGAGGAGAGGGAUCUCAAGCUCACCCCGCCGCCCAAGAAACAAGUCAGGUUCCAGGGGAAUUUGGGCGGCGGCGGCGGCGGCGGCGGCAGGCGAAGAGGGUCGCCUUCCAUUUUGGCCCAGUCCGUCCCGGACUUCUCGUCCGCUCUGAGGAAAGAGAACCGGAAGCCCGCGCCGCUCCCCUCGCUGGCCGAGAUCACCCCGCCAUCGAAGAACUGGUCGAAGGCGGGCGGCGGCGGCUCGAACGCUAGGGGGAGCAAGUCCGUCGGUGCGGCUGCCGGGGAGAAGAAGGGCGGGCUGAUGGCGAGGAAGAGCUACGCGAGCAUGGAAGAGCUGAAGGGGUUGUCCUGUGCCGCCGCGAGCGCCAUCAACGGAGACGACAGAGGGAGGAUCGGGAGAGGGAAUGGGAUUGGGAGGACUAUCUUGGGGUACAGGAAGUUCUGAAAAGGUCAUAUGAUGAUUUGAUUCAGGGUUUUGGGGGCGGGUCGACAGUUAGUUCUGUUUGUUUUCAAACAAGUUUGAUCGAGGUUUUACAAACUUGUUCACACGUUCUGGGGUGGUGUUUGAUCAUCAUCAUCAUCAUCACCGUCAAGGCAUAAUGAAUUCUUUGUAUUCUUUUUCCUGCUUUCUUCAUAAAGAAGCUCUAGAGCUUACUUUCAAUGUUUCUGGGGUUUGUUUCUGAUGUAAUGAUGGGAACUUUGGCCUUCCAGUUCCAGUUUAGUGAUUGUGGAAGCAUAAAAACAGUCAUGUCUAUAGUUGUGGGUGAAUCAAUUUUAGUGCGACACACAUUUACAUUCAUAAA